CUCUUCCGCACAAGGAAUGCAGCGCAAAAGCACGACGCCACUGCGGCGUUCUGUUGAAGCUCGUCAAAGCAUGUUUUCAGGUGAAAAUCGUGCGUUGGACAAGCUUCCGUUCCGUCGUCAUGCUCUGAUGCCGGCCUGCGGUUGAGGUCGGUCCGCGACCCGUCCGAAACUGGGGAAGUUCAAGGUGGUGCGGCGGCAGCUGCUGCAGAGGUACGAACACCAACCCUUCGUCUCCUGCCUGGCCGGCCUCUACGGUUGCCAAUGGAGACGAUAUCAAAGAGCUCGAGCGCAGCCCGGAGAGUGCUGCUGCAACAAGGUGGAGAUGGUCAGUUUCGGCCUCCUGAUCCUCACCUUCUUCCUCAGUUUAGUUUUCCUGUAUUUCUGGAUUGAGGCUCAAAAUGACUACGACGACUUUGAAUGGUUCAACUUUGGCACUUUGGGGUUCUGGUUCCCCUGGUCGCUGGUUUUGCUGGGGGUGGCCGCGGCAAUCUUUACGUACAUCGCGCUGCUACUGGUGCUGGCUGUGUGUCUUCUCUCCGAGGGUCAACGUUUGUACCUUCACUGGAGUCACAAGAUUGGCAUCGCAGUGACUCUGGUUUUCUGCGUGGUUGCCAUGGCCGUCUUGUCCGACCUGUGGAGCAAAGAAUGGACCACGCUACUGCUUUCGCUUCAGGUGACGGCGCCGGUGCUCCACAUGGCUGCCGUUUUUCUCAUGGUCGUCAUCUCCUGGCCAGUCGCUUUACACUUUUUUCGCAUGAACAAGAGAGUGCGUCAAGUGUCUAUUCUGGCUCUCUACUUGUCCGGGUUGUUCUCCCUCUACUUGGUUCCUCUGGGGAUGUAUUCGCCAUGCAUUAAAGACGCAGGGACGCUGGGGGCACCGCCGAUGCUCAUCGGACACCGGGGGGCGCCCACGUUGGCUCCAGAGAACACAAUUAUGUCCUUUGAGAAGGCUGUGGAGGCCGGAGGAGACGGAUUGGAGACUGACGUCUCCAUCAGUUAUGACGGCGUUCCCUUCCUGAUGCACGACGACACCCUGCGAAGAACCACCAACGUCGCUGACGUUUUCCCCAACAGAACGCACCAAAACGCCUGCAUGUUCACUUGGGCCGAAAUACAACGGCUAAACGCCGGCGAGUGGUUCUUAUCUAGGGAUCCGUUCGGAAGUGCGUCUUCCCUGAGCGAGGUGGACCGCCAGCGGGCCAGGAACCAAUCUGUUCCCUCGUUGGCCGACUUCCUGCAGGUGGCGUCGCGAAGCGGCCGACGCGUUAUCUUUGACCUGCGUCAGCCGCCUCCGGGGCAUCCUUACAAUGCCUCGUACGUCAACGUCACUCUGGAAGUGGUUCUGACCCACAUCAACUCUUCACAGGUUCUCUGGCUACCGUCUGAAGACAGGGAUGUGGUUCAUGCCACCGACGCCGAGCUGCGGCAGACGUCGGGAGAACGCCUGUCCAUCACGGAGCUGACAGACGAGCACAUCACAACCCUCAAUCUGCACUACAGCAGCAUGUCGCAACAUCAGAUCAGCAAAUACGCCUCAGCGAAUAUCAGCACCAACCUGUUUGUGAUCAGUCAACCGUGGCUCUACGCGCUGGCAUGGUGCGCCGGGGCCGACUCGGUCACCACCAACGCCGUGCACGUCCUGGCCAAAGUCCGCAUGCCCCUUUUUCUCAUGACCCCCGAGGAAUACAACUUAAUGUGGAUUCUGACUGACGUCGUCUCCGCAAUCCUCAUCAUCUCCAUUUUCAUUUUCCAUUGGUGGCGAGAGAGAGGUCUCCCCUUCCUGUCCGGCAGUCGCCGGACUCACAAGAACGGACCGUACAGCAAGUUUCGAACAGAGCUGGGUGACGUCUGGUCCAUCUCCAGCGUCAACGCACCUGUGGACCAGCGUAGCGCCCCAACGUCACCCACGCACCCUCAUUUGCCCACCAUCAUCGAGGAGUGAUGACAACAACGUUAGCCGAAAUAUGCUCGGUUUGGAAAGUUAGACUGUCUUUACUUUCUACAUGUUUUAUGUUGCAGCCGUAGCGAUGGGUGAUAUAUUUCACAAAAAUGUAAAUUUUUAGUCGUCAAACAGGUUAGAAUUUUGUGCGAAUAAUCCUUCCUGUUUAUACAGUGUAUCACAAAAGUGAGUGCACCCCUCGCAUAUCUGCAGAUAUUUAAGUAUAUAAUUUCAUGGGACAACACUGACAAAAUGACACUUUGACACAAUGAAGUAGUCUGUGUGCAGCUUAUAUAAUAGAGUUCAUUUAUUUUCCCUCAAAAUAUAGCCAUUAACUCAUUUGCUCCCAGAAACGUAUAAAUACGUUGUUUUUAAAUGCUUCAUUGUCCCAAAAAUGUAUUUAUACGUCUUUUGCGUUUAAAAAUUUUUUUUUUUUAUAAGAAGCAUAUGGCGGAAAACACUCAGGUGUCUUGAAGUUCCGCUCUGAGACCCCCAAUCUAGCCAACUUUCAAAAUUGUCCGAUAUGCACGUGUGAUACAUCAUUGGAAAGCUUAAAAUCUCAAUUUUCUGGGGGAAGAAAAAUUUUGAACAGGAGGGCAUUUAAAAAAAAAAAAAGUUUAAACAGCAAAAUCCUAUCUGGAGAUGAGAGCAUGCGAGAGCAGAAUUACAGACGCCAUGAGUUUAACAAGAUAUUAUCGCGUACUGACCUUGUUUCGAUCCAAAAACUCCAUGUAGCAUGUAUCACUGAGUGUCAAGACAGAGCUGUGAAUUGCCACAGCUGAAUUUUGGGGGAAUUUUUUGGGUGAAACAUGGUAAUAUAACAAGGGUCGCGAUGCAGAAAUCGCAGACGUCAAAGAGAGGUCGAGAGGUUCUUUUUCAUACCCUUUUAAACGUUUUUGUUUUCCAAUUUUUUUAAAUGUUUGGAUCAAUUAUUUAUCAUCGAACAUAUCGGGAAAAAAUGCGACAGAAACAAAAAAAAAAUACAAUUAAGUGAUAGUUAUCAGGUAAAUAUCCGUGACUUUUUUUACAGACGCCAUUUUUUUCAUUGUGACGUAAUUUGUUUAAAAGUUUAAAAUAUGCGAGUGAAUAAUUUUUUUAAGUCAUUUUUUUUUAAACGAAAUAUUAGACAUCAAUUAAUGAAUCUACACUAAAAUAACAGACAUUUUGAAUAAUAAAUAUAUUUAAUUACCUUCGUUUUAUGGCUGUGUUGAAACAAAAGCGGUUGUGCGACGUCUGUAAACGGGGGUUUUCAGGGUAAAACGGGCAAAUUAAAAAUAGUUCAGGGGCCUAAUGCGCCAUGAAUCUGCUAUGGUAGCAUAUAGACAUAUUGUUCUAUCAAACACAAGAGUUGUUUUGUUUUUCCGCUCUAUCUGAGAAACAAAGAACAAAGCUCCAAACCCAUUUUAAAGCAAUAAAACUGGCCACUGGAGGGCGGUAGCACAUUUUGUAAGACCAGGCAACCCGAUUCAACAGCAAUGAGCAGCACGGUCAGAGCGCUGGCAGCAUGAUGCCAGGCGGCGCUCCGACUGAACAAAACAACCGAGUGGACUCCUGGGAGGCCAGGCGCUGGACGACCAAGCAAAACAAGUGGGACCCCCAGUGCAGCGGCUCGCCGAACAAAUCCCGCAGAAACGCAAAAAUACUUGGGGGCCAGACAACGAUGAGGGAAAAGUUUACACGGCUGACAUGGCGACAAUGGCGUCAUCUCGGCGACAAACCGUCAUCUCUCAGUAGUCAUGUGUGAAUAAAUUGUUACUUUGCUAUCAACAACUGUAUUUGUCUGGUUGUUCAUAGUAUUUUGUAAAAGGAAACAUUAUUCAGAUGUUUGGGAUGUAACUAAUGCAAAAAAUAGCUUGGAUAAAGUCAAAGUUAUGUUUGAAAUGUAUGCGUUUACAAAAAGUUCAUCUUCUCCGUUUUUUCAUCAGAAAUUGGAAAAUUGCUCAAACUAAGCUAUUUCCUAAUGCUGAUUUCUAAAGAAUGGAAAAAGAUAUAUACAGUGGUACCUCUACAUACGAUCGCUUCGACACACGAACUUUUCGACAUCCGACGUAAAAUUUGACUCGCCAUUUGUUUCUACAUCCGACGACAUGCUCGAAAUACGACGACAAUGGCAGCACCGCAGACGAAUGCACGGCGGAUUUUCUUGUGUGACAAAUCAACACUGGUUUCAGAAAAGGUUGGUACAGGUGGUGAAACAAGGAAAAGUUGACGCUUACCUUCUAAAUGAAGAUGCAAAUGACAGAAAAAUAUGAGCGUAGGGUGGGCAUCCGUGAAAUGGGUCAACAAUACAUCUCCACGGUCCUCCUCCGACCAUCGUUCGCCAGUCUUUAUAAGUUAAGCUGACAAUUCUUAUUGUAGUAACAUCUCCAGAGAAAUCGCCAACUUCGCCACGUUUUUAUCAUUUAUUUCACAACUUAUUCAAAACAAAAACACCUUCUGUCUGCCGCAAUUGACGGUGUUCUCAAGAAAACAUUCAAAGUGAAAGUGAAACUCAAGCUCACCGGUCUGUCUCUGGCACGUCAGCCCCGCGGUGCGUUCAGGGUCAGCAAAAAACGUCCGCCACAUUAGAACCCGAUUCGUUACAUUAAUACAGGAAUUAUUAUUAUUCCGAUUUUGAUUUAUAAUUUAUUUGUUUUGCUAUGUGUAAUUGCCAUUUGUAAUAGUACCAGCAGUAUUUUUUAAGGAUUUAGUGAAGGUUUUUGGGCUGUGGAACGAAUUAAUGGAAUUAUAAUGUAUUCCUAUGGGAAAAUCCUGCUCGACAUACGACCAUUUCGACUUACAAACAAGGUCCUGGAACGGAUUAACUUCGUAUGUAAAGGUACCACUGUACUUACUUUUUUCUGCUGAAAGAAGAGACUCUAAUCUUUCUUUUGGUGGGUUCCAUGUUUAUAUAGCAAUAGAACGGAAUUUUCUGUGGGCCUUGCAAAAUCAGUCAAAAUCCAGAAAAACGGCCGGGAGCCAAGGGCCUUGCUCUGGUGAAAAUGGCUGGGAGUGAAUGAGUUAAUAUCUAAACCCCUGGCAACAAAAGUGAGUACACCCCAGGAGGAAGCCUCUUCUGACAGCCAUGCGCACCAAUUUGAUGUAGAGUGCGGUAUAUGGUCUGAGCACUAACCGGCUGACCCCCCCACCUCUUCAAUCUCUGCAGCAAUGCUGACAGCACUCAUGUAACGAGUCACAUGGCAUUCUGGAGGGAAAAUGACAAGCAGUACUCAAUUUGGACAUUCAGGAAUGUACGUUUUUUUUCAAAGGGGUGUACUCACUUUUCUUGCCAGGGGUUUAGAUAUUAAUGGCUAUAUUUUGAGUUAUUUUGAGGGGAAAAUAAAUUAACUCUAUUAUAUAAGCUGCACACAGACUACUUUUCAUUGUGUCAAAGUGUCAUUUUGUCAGUGUGUCCCAUGAAAAGAUAUACUUAAAUAUCUGCAGAAAUGUGAGGGGUGUACUCACUUUUGUGAUACACUGUACACUGUAAAUAUAUAGUAUACAGUAUGUAAGUUAGAGAAACUUGAAAUUUUAAGCGAACUUUAUCGUGGAAAAGCAGAAUUACAAUUUUCCAAAAAGUUACUGGACCUGAUGGACUCACAAUUGAAUAUUUUUUUUAUAAAUAAGUGACUGGACCUGAUGGACUCUCAAUUGAAUAUUUUUUUAAAAGUAGACUUUUCUUCAUCUUGGAAAAUAUUUUUUUGUUAUGUGUACAGCAAGCAGCUGCAUAAGAAAAUGUAUUCUUUUAGUGUGUGAUUAAAUUGCGGCUGCUAGCUGGACUGACAGAGUGAAUGUACGGCAAGAGGCUCUACAAGGUUGCUUGCUAUUAGAUUCUAUUGCUCUGCAAAAUGAAUGUAUUUGUCACAUAGGAGAUGUUGAUGAUUUUUGUGCCAAAUUAGUUUAGCCAAAGUCCUUUUCUGCUUUACUGAGUUUCUCAGAAUAUAUUUUGUGAUUUUCUCUUUUUUUAUAUAUUUCUCCAUGUGUGCUACUCUGCAUGUUGAACGUCGCAAAAUAGGGAAAUGAUUGUGUUUAAAUCAUUUUAAAGAUUGAGUUAUAAGCUUUUUUGGGGGGGGGGG